UCAGACCAAGUCAAACUCCAACCCCAUCUUCCACGAAAGUCCUCACCCCCUUCAUCACUGUGCCUCCAUUUCUUUCAUUCUAUAUUCCCAAAGCCCCCAUCUCCGUUCUCACCUGAACCACCAUUCUUUGACUCACCAUCGAUCCUUCUCUCUCGAUCAAACAACACUUACAACACCAGCCAUGGCCAUGGAGAAGACUUUCCAGGCCGUCCUCGCCGCAACCGGAAGCUUCUUCGCCAUAACCGUAAUCUUCGCCGUCAUCUACAUCCUCCUCAAGGGCGCCAAGUCUAAGUCAACCUGCUCCCGUCACCGCCGCACCGUUGCCGUCCGUAACAACAACAACAACCCGGCCCGGCUCGUCGACGAGAGCGCCUCCUUCGACCCCAAACUCAAGUUCUCCAUGGAAGAAGUCCUCAAGGCGACAAAGAACUUUAACAAGGACCUCGUCGUCGGCGACGGCGGCUUCGGCCUCGUCUACAAGGCCCAGCUCUCCGACGGCCUCAAGGUCGCCAUCAAGAAGCUCGAUCCCGACGCCUUUCAGGGGUUUCGAGAGUUUCAGGCCGAGAUGGAGACUCUAGGUGAGCUCCGGCACCCCAAUAUUGUUAAAAUUCUCGGCUACUGUGUCUCCGGCGCCGAUAGGAUAUUGAUUUACGAGUAUAUGGAGAGGGGGAAUCUGGACCGUUGGCUUCACGAGUCGUCGUCAACGGACUUGGACGGCUAUGAUGACACGGCUGGGCUUAAAUUACCGUUAUCUUGGAAAACGAGGAAUAAGGUCGUUAGGGGCGUGGCGAAUGGGUUAGCAUAUUUGCACGGGUUGGAGAAGCCUAUAAUUCAUAGGGAUAUCAAGGCUAGCAAUGUGUUGUUGGACAGGGAGUAUGAGGCUCAUAUUGCGGAUUUCGGGCUCGCGAGGAGCAUUGACACGUCAAGAUCCCACGUAUCGACGCAGUUCGCUGGCACCAUGGGGUACAUGCCGCCCGAGUACAAAGAGGGGUUCACGGUGGCGACCGUGAGGGCGGAUGUGUUUAGUUUCGGGAUUUUGAUGCUGGAAAUUGCCACGGGAAGAAGGCCUAAUUUGCCGAGUGCGUUUGACGGAAAGGAGAUGGGGUUAGUGGAAUGGGCGAGGAAAAUGGUGGCGAAUAACCGGCAAAUGGACAUGGUGGAUUCGAGUAUUGCAAGGGAGGACUUGGAUGAAGGUAGUGUCAAGAGGUAUUUUGAAAUUGCUGGUGAAUGUGCUCAUGAGUCUGCAAGGCAGAGGCCCCAAAUGAAAGAUGUGGUUCAGUUGUUAAAUGAACUUCCGACGUAAAUUAGUUAGGCACGUUUUGUUUUGCGAGUGACAUUGUUUGAAGUGUUUUCUAUUUUUUUUAUGGUGAAUAAUAUAGUUGUGAGUUGUGACAAGUGCUUGUACAUAUAACACUGAGCAAAAUAUACAAGGACGUGACUUGAAUACAAAAUUUAACGAAUCACAGUUGCA